AUGCUUAUUGUACACCAUAUGCGCGUCUCUCAGUCAGAGCGCAUCGUCUGGCUCUGCGAAGAGCUGGGCAUUGACUAUGACCUGAAGCUAUACCGCCGAGACCCAUUCUUCUCUCCCCAAGCCCUCAAAGAUCUCACCGAAAUCGGCACUGCUCCCGUCAUCCAGGAUGGUGAUUUAACCAUGAGCGAGAGUGCAGCCUGUGUCGAAUAUAUCAUCCACAAGCACGGAAACGGUCGUCUUACUCUGCCACCAUCACACCCGGAUUAUGCCAGCUAUCUCUAUUGGUUCCACUACAGCAACGGCUCUCUACAGCCAGGCGUGAGUCGCAACAUGUCGCUCAAGUCUGCCGAUAUCGAUCCCAGCAACGAUACUUUCAAACGCUACACAGCAAGACUGGAUCAAUAUCUGCGACACAUUGAUGGCCAUCUCGGACGCGGCAAUGAGUGGUUGGCAGGCAAAGAGUUUACUGCCGCAGACAUUAUGACUGUCUUUACCCUCACCACGAUGCGUACAUUCUACAGCCUUGACCUGAGCUCGUACGAAAGCAUUUUGCCGUACCUCAAACGAGCAGUCCAGAGACCUGCUUACAAGAAGUAUCGUGAGAAGGGAGAGGAUUCUGACUUUCCUCUCAUGAUCGAUGGACCUGCUCCGGAAAACUUCAUAGAGAAGUUUAGGUCCAAGGCUUGA